ACCGAAUGUUGAGGGGCCGCUAACUGGGUCCAGCGGUGUUAGAAGGGGUCACCGAGUGGGUCUGUGUUGUGGUGGGGCAAGGCGGCCGGCACCAUGUCGAGGCAGGCGAACCGUGGCACCGAGAGCAAGAAAAUGGCCUGCCCUUCUUUUGUGUUGUGACUCUAUUCUCCAGAGCUCAGGUGAGUUACUACUUGAGUAGCAGCACUCAGAAUCUCCAUGACAGGAGGCUGGAGAGUGACAAAAGAGGGGUGGACUCAAUCCUGUCACUGACCUUCCUUCCCCGGCUGCUGGGGAGCAGUCACACUGGAUUAUUUGUGUUGGCAAAAAUAAGCUCUGAGCUCUUCACCCUGACCUAUGGGGCUCUAGUCACCCAGCUGUGCAAGGACUAUGAAAAUGAUGAAGAUGUGAAUAAACAGCUGGACAAAAUGGGCUAUAACAUCGGAGUCCGACUGAUUGAAGAUUUCUUGGCACGGUCAAAUGUCGGGAGGUGCCAUGACUUUCGGGAAACUGCAGAUGUCAUUGCCAAGGUGGCGUUCAAGAUGUACUUGGGCAUCACUCCAAGCAUCACCAAUUGGAGCCCAGCUGGUGACGAAUUCUCCCUCAUUUUGGAAAAUAAUCCCUUGGUGGACUUUGUGGAACUUCCUGAUAACCACUCAUCCCUUAUUUAUUCCAAUCUCUUGUGUGGGGUGUUGCGAGGAGCCUUGGAGAUGGUCCAGAUGGCUGUGGAGGCCAAAUUUGUCCAGGACACCCUGAAAGGAGACGGUGUGACAGAAAUCCGGAUGAGGUUCAUCAGGCGGAUUGAGGACAACCUCCCAGCUGGAGAGGAAUGACCAUCCCCAGGACUUCAGGGUAACCAGCAGGAGCACUUGUUGGAGUCAGAAAGCCUCAAUGCUCCCUCUGCCCUCUAGAAUUCAGUGACUGUUUAACACGGAUGUUAUAUAUUCUUCUAACCUUGUUUCCCUUCUCCAUGUUAAUAAAGAGCGGACUGUGAUAUAGUCCAUUUACCCUACAAGUGUGCACAUUCAGGAGGGAAAUUCUUUGCUCCCUUUCCCUUCAAAGGGGCUGGAUGUAGUCAUCCUUGGUGGGACUAGAAAGAGCUCAAACCAUUCUACAUUCCUGUUUGAAUUUUCCAAAGUAGAACACACUUUGACCCCAUUAAGAGGCAAGCCUAGCACAUUUGUCCCUGGGUCUUCAGAAAGUCAUUGAUGAAUGGCCGUAGGGAAUCCAGGAUUCAUUGGGACAGGGGAGGAGAAGCUGGGAGUGGUGGGUUGGAUUUGCUAGCUGUAGUGUGACACACUGUAGUGCUUGCCAGGAAAGGGGAACCAGUCAUGCCAGAAACAUUGACUUCUGGGAAGCCACCCAGGUCUCUGUUUCCUCCCUGCUGUUUGGAGGCAACAUCUCCUCUUUUUAUAGAGGGUCCAUCUUUUUUUCUUGCAAGUUCUUCAAUAAAGACACAUUCUUGAGUGAAAUCCCAA